GAAUUUGACAAGAAAAUUAAUAAAGGACGGAUGAGAAUUAAAAUAAGAAAGAAAACUGGGAAAGUAAAUGGGAAACGGCGACUAAGUAACGCGUCUUCUUCGUUCCCUUUCCUCCUUAAUCGUAGGUUUCUAAUUUUCCAUCCUCUGGAUUCGAUUUUAACAGAAGGUUAAGGGCUUUGCGAUUCGAUGAGCUAGGUUUGGUAAUUGCUUUGGAUCAGAUGUUUGUCACUAUCUUCUUACUCAUCGGGUGAGAAAGGGCCAACCCUACUUUCAUGUUUUAUUGGGCUUAGAGAAGGUUAAGGGAGCAACAACAAAAAGCUCAAGGCUCUUGCUUCCAUUUCAGAAAGAACCGUUAAAAUUGGAAAAGAGAGAUGCUUGAGGGAGCAAAGUUCAACGUGUUGGCGGUUGGUAACCACCACAACAACGACUAUGCCUUCACGCAAGAGUUCUAUCAAAAACUUAACGAAGGCUCCAACAUGUCCAUGCAGACCAGUAACGCCGGAGGCUCCGUGUCUAUGUCCGUCGACAACAGCAGCGUCGGCUCCAGCGACGCUCUCAUCGGCCACCAGGGGUUGAAGCCGCUGCGCAGCAGCAGCGUCUACUCCCUCUCCGUCGGGCAAAGCGUGUUUCGUCCCGGGAAAGUCACCCACGCGCUGAACGACGACGCCUUGGCUCAAGCGCUGAUGGACAGCAGGUACCCGACCCAAGGGCUGGCCAGCUACGAGGAGUGGACGAUUGACCUGAGGAAGCUCCACAUGGGUCCUCCUUUCGCUCAAGGGGCUUUUGGUAAACUAUAUAAAGGGACUUACAACGGGGAGGAUGUAGCCAUCAAGAUACUCGAGCGGCCGGAGAACAGCCCCGAGAAGGCGCAGUUCAUGGAGCAGCAGUUUCAGCAGGAGGUGUCUAUGCUCGCGAAUUUGAAGCAUCAGAACAUCGUGAGGUUCAUCGGUGCGUGCCGCAAGCCGAUGGUGUGGUGUAUAGUGACUGAGUACGCCAAAGGAGGCUCCGUGAGGCAGUUUUUGACGAAGAGGCAGAACCGCGCGGUGCCGUUGAAGUUGGCUGUUAAACAGGCGUUGGAUGUUGCCAGGGGUAUGGCUUAUGUCCAUGGACGCAACUUCAUACACAGAGAUCUCAAGUCUGAUAACCUUCUCAUCUCUGCUGAUAAGUCGAUCAAGAUUGCGGAUUUUGGUGUUGCGAGAAUCGAAGUUCAAACCGAAGGGAUGACGCCAGAAACUGGAACUUACAGAUGGAUGGCUCCAGAGAUGAUACAGCACAGAGCCUACAAUCAAAAAGUGGAUGUGUAUAGUUUCGGGAUAGUGCUGUGGGAGCUGAUCACAGGACUGUUACCGUUCCAGAACAUGACAGCUGUACAGGCUGCGUUUGCGGUUGUGAACCGAGGGGUCCGGCCGACGGUCCCAAACGAUUGUCUCCCGGUGCUCAGUGAGAUCAUGACUCGAUGCUGGGAUGCUAAUCCUGAAGUACGGCCAUGUUUUCUUGAGGUUGUGAGUCUGCUUGAAGCUGCGGAGACAGAGAUAAUGACGACAGCUAGGAAAGCUCGUUUCAGAUGUUGCAUGAGUCAGCCAAUGACGAUUGACUGAAUAAAAAUCUCAAGAAAAUAACAAGAGAGUGAGAAAGAGAUGAACAGAUGUAAGAUUAAAGGGCUUUUAGAUAUAUUAAGUAAUGUGUGUUUGUGUAUUUAUAAAAAUCUAAAUGUAAUUGUUUUCUCAAGAUGGGAGAAGAAACCAUAAUGUUUUUAGGAUGCCUUUUGUGUAUUAACCAUAAAGUUUAUGUUGGUUUUACUUCA